AUGGACUACGACCACGACCGUAAAUCCGGCGUCUCCUCCUUCUACGGCGACCGCCGACCGUCCUACGACGCCCUCCACAACCCCGCCGCCCCAAACGCGCCCACACACCGCGCCCGCGCCGACUCCUCCUCGUCGUUCUUCAACCCCAACGCCGGGCUCCCUCCCGGCGCAGGAGGAGGCGCGGGAUAUAAUCGACAGAGUUACUAUGAUGUUGGGCGGCAGGAGCCGGUGAAGGGGAUGGGCUACGCCGACGAUCCGGCCGAGCCGGCGGGGGACGAGUGGGAUGUGUAUGCCGAUUUUAAUAAUGCGGGGCCGAGGUAUAGUACGGCGUUUGGGAUGGGGAAGAACGAUGCGAGUUACCGACCGAUCAACUCGCCGCAACCAUCGUCCUACUCCCAAAAGGGACCGCACAUCGACGAGCCGCAGACGCCAGGAGGGAACGUCGAGCUCGUGACGGUACCGGCGCUCGGCCCGGAAUGGAAGGCGAGCGAGUUGCGGGAUAUGACGAGUGCGGGGAGGAGGGAGAAGAAUGCGGAGAGCAGGAAGAUGUACUGGAAGGAGUUUAAUCGCGGGGAGCGCGGGCUGUUUGGCGUGAGGUGGCUGGGGAAGCGGUUUAUCGUGUUCUUCUGCUUUGGGUUUCUCGUUGCAAUCGGGAUCGUACUGGCCUUCACAAUCCCGCGCGAGCCCUCCUUCCUCUUCAACAACAACAAGCCCCUCCAAGGCGCAACCGGCUGGUGGAACUCGUCCAUCCCAACACAAUUCUCCCGCUCGCCCACGAACUUCUCCUUCCCCGCCUUCGCCGACAUCCAGGUCAACACCAACGAGAACUACCUCCCGCUCACGUUCAGCAAGCUGGACGCGACGGUGUACGAUCUGCAGACGACGAAGCAGGUCGCGUUCGGGAAGCUGAAUAAGACGACGGUGCCGGCGAAGGAGUAUACGAGCUUGCAGAUCCCGUUGAAUUUUACUUAUUCGGCGGUCAAUACGAGCGAUCAGACUUGGACGCAAUGGCACGACGGUUGCGAGAACAAGGGUAUCUCUACGAACGGUACUCGACCAGCUGUACAAUUCCGGCUCGUUCUCGAGAUGGCUAUUCAAGGUCUCAUCGGCACGAAGUCGGUUUCGACUACGGUCACGAACGCGAACUGCCCUAUCGAGCUCCCAAUGAACGCGUCGUAG